AGCGCGUGGGCAGGCCGGCCAGUGGGGCCAAGGCCACGCCGGUGGGGGCAGGGAUCCGUUGGACGAUGCUCAGCGGGGCGGGGCCUGCCCCGGCGCUGGCAUGGAGCGCUCCCGGAGCGGGCCCGUCGGCCGCGGCGAGAGCUGGCGCGCGAAGCAGGAGCCGGCGACCUCCGUGCGGUCGGACUGCUGCAGGGCGCUCCAGUGCUGCUGCGCGCUAGUCAGCUUCCUGGUGCUGACGGCUGCGGCGGUCGCCGCCACCAAGGUGGUGCAGGACCUGACCGGCGAGACAGACGACACGACGCUGCUGGUCGCUGGCCUGCUGGUGGCCCUCGGUGGCCUGCUGGUGCUCUACGACUGGAGCGCCCUGGGACCCACCAUGGCGCUGCAGAGCGGCGCCGUGGCUGCCGCGACCGCGUGGCUGCUCGUCGUGCCCCUCGCCCUGGUGAGCCUGGCCUUCGAAGAGCAGCUGCCCAUUGUCGGCUACGCUGCCCUGGGAGUCGGCACCUCUGUGGUGCUGGGGGAGACGUGCGGAAUUGCCGGCGCCGUCCUCGGACUCGCUGUUGCGGCCGCUGCGGUGAUCUUCGCGACCGCCGUGGACUCGCUGAUCGCAGAUCAGGUCGGCGUUGCCCUGCUCUUCAUGGCGGUGUACUGGAUGGUGCGGAAGGCGAUAGGGCUGCGCAGAAUAGAGCAGUGGCCAGGCGUCGCGGAGGUGGAGCCCGGGACCACCGAGUACUCGGAGAUCGUCGACUAUUUCCACUCCUGCGAGGCGAACUGGGCCCACAAGUACGACUUCCGGCUGAGGGUGAUGAACGUGUAUCGUGUCGGGCGCUCCCAGAAGUUUCGUGUCGGCGCUGGGCUUUUGUUUCACGGCACGACGUGGGAGUCGGCCUUGGCGAUCGUGUGCGACGGGUUCAGGCUCCCGAAGCAUCCUGGGAUGUUCGGAAAGGGCAUUUAUUUUGCGGACUGCCCGCUCAAGAGCUACCAGUACACCCGAGCAGGCCUCGGGGAGUGCACCGGCUGUCUCGGCCGCGGGGGCCUCAUCCUGAUGUGCCAUGUGAGGCUCGGGAACGCCAGGCCCGAGAGGGCCGCGAACGCGAGCCUCUCCGGGUACAACCGCAACAGCCUGUGGGCGUGCCUGACCUUCCAGACGGGCGCGUACGACUCGGUGGUGGGCGUUGAGGCCCGCGGGGCGCGCGCGCGGGGGAGGGAGCACGCGCGCGCUCGGGCUGUGCCGACGCGGCUGCGGCCCCAGCUCGGGGAAACGUAAGACCCGAGUGAGCCGA